GAUCAAUCGUCUUUGUCGUCUUGUUUCAAAAAGAAAAAAAAUUUAAAAUUGUCUCUGUCGUGUUUUUUCGCAGGCUGUAUCAUCGUCAGAUGCUUCAGUUUAUCCGAAGACUUUUUAUUACUUCAUUUGAUUCCCAGCAAACCGUAGCAAAAUGAAGGAAUCAGGGGGAUCUUUUCAUUUUCAUACAUUUUCUCUGCAACCAGACGGAUGCAGUAAUUUCCAUUUAAUUUAAUUACUUAAAAUCCCAUAACUCUUUUAUGUGUCUUCUACUUCUCAAGAUUCCAGCCGGCGCUCCUCCAAUUUUGACCUCAUUCUCUUGGACUCUUUUCGUUGAUCCUGGGUUCUGUAGGGUUUUUAUUUGAACUUAACAGCUAUAUCGAUUCCGUGAUUGAUUGAAUUGAUAAGUCGAGAAAGUGAAAAUGGCCGCUGUGGAUGCCAGAGACGAAGAGGCGCCGUUGGUUGUUGAUAAUUUGCGAAUUCACACGCCCAAGAAUCAUACCAGAGAUAUUCAUAUUCUUAGCUCUGCGUUUUUGCUCGUCUUCCUCGCCUAUGGAGCUGCUCAGAAUCUGGAGACUACAGUCAAUACUGAACAGGGGUUGGGUACAAUUUCGCUGGGGAUAUUGUACCUCUCUUUCACAUUUUUCUCUUUGGUUUCGUCUUUGGUGGUUCGGUUUUUGGGGUCAAAGAAUGCUAUGGUUCUUGGGACUACUGGUUACUGGUUGUUCAUAGCUGCUAAUUUGAUGCCUACUUGGUAUACAAUGGUACCAGCUUCUUUGUACCUUGGAUUUGCAGCUUCAAUUAUAUGGGUUGGACAGGGUACAUAUCUCACUUCCACAGCACGCAGUCAUGCAGCAGAUUACCGCUUACUUGAAGGAACUGUUAUUGGUGACUUCAACGGAGAAUUUUGGGGAAUGUUUGCAAGCCAUCAGUUUGUUGGAAAUCUCAUUUCGCUUGCUAUUCUGAGGGAUGGAACGGAAGGAAGAACGAGUGGCACAACAUUAUUGUUCAUUGUGUUUCUUUGCAUUGUGACCUUAGGAAUCAUACUAAUGUGCUUCUUAAGUAAAAGGGAUGCCAAAAGAGAGGAAGGACUAGAAAAUUCUUCUGUCAACAUAUGUUCUUCUCUGAUAUCACUGUCGAAGUCAGUUAUCACUCCUUUGCUUGACAUUCGGAUGAUACUGGUCAUUCCCCUGAUUGCAUAUUCAGGAUUACAACAAGCAUUUGUAUGGGCUGCAUUCACCAAGGAUAUUGUAACUCCAGCAAUUGGUGUGUCUGGUGUUGGUGGUGCAAUGGCAGUGUAUGGUGCCUUUGAUGCCAUAUGUUCACUCACUGCUGGUCGACUUACAUCUGGUCUUCCAUCAAUCACAUGGAUAGUAUCUGCUGGAGCUUUUCUUCAUGCUGUUGUAUUUCUCUGGAUUCUGCUAAAAUACAGUUUAGCCAGUGGAAUACUUGGUGUCAUGUACCCACUUCUCAUGGCAGCUAUGUUGGGCAUUGGUGACGGAGUAUUAAAUACACAGCUUAGUGCUUUGCUUGGAAUACUUUUCAAGCAUGAUAUGGAAGGAGCAUUCGCGCAACUCAAGGUCUGGCAAAGUGCUUCCAUUGCAGUUGUGUUCUUCGUUAACUCCUACAUUUCGAUGCACGCACUGGUGGUGAUUAUGCUUGCAGGACUGCUUAUUUCGGUUGCUGGAUUCUUAUUUUUAACUCUCAAGAUAGAGAAAGCUUUCUCCUCUCUAAGUUCAUGAUACUUUGCAAGCACCAUUGUUGCAAGGAAAAAGAUCAUUCAGAGUCAUGCAUUCUCAUUACCAUACUGCAACUUCCUGUAAAAUUCAUCAAAUUCCAUGUCUCGUCUUUAUAACAUGCUUCUUUGAAAAUUGAAAUUUAUUGCAAUUUUAAUUUAUAUAAAUAUAUAAACUGUGGAGCCUUUUCCCUUUGACA